AUGGCAUUGUCAUCAAUGCCUAACAAUCCUCUCUGUCUCUGGGCAUUUCCCUUCCAUGAAGGAAUAUCAAUGUUGUUAUCAAGAUGGACAGCCCUACAAAUGGCCGUCCAAAACCAAUGGGGUGGCCGUGAUUCUUUCAUGAAAUCUCAGCAACUAGCCUAUGAAAUUAACUCUUGGUUUUCUCAACCUAAAGUAUCUCUUCAUAUAGAAGACUUAGAGAGUCUGUUGCACGAGAGAUUACUCCUUUCUUUCAACACAGAGAUUGAGGAUGGCAGUAUUGAGGAGAUUGCAGAACAAUUGAUGACAAUGCAUGAAGAAUCUUUGCAUGGGAAUCGGAGAUUGAGCGUGGAGUCAAAUCAACACUUGUUGGAAUCUGCUCAAGAUGCUCCUUCAAAGAGGACUGGUGCGCAUUCGCUAGCCACCUGA